AUGGCAUCUCCUUCGAAGAUUCAAGCUGGUAAAAAGCAGCAUUUGUGCGAGUUCUGCUCAAAGGGAUUUUCUCAUCUUUACCAGUUGAAAAGACACAUUCGAGUACACACUGGCGAAAAGCCCUACGUGUGUACACAGUGCUCGUGGGCAUUUUCUCAUAAUUGCCAAUUAAAGACGCAUAUGAAAGUUCAUACUGGCGAAAAACCCUUUCCCUGUUUGGACUGCUCAAGGGCAUUUUCUGACGCUAAGCAGUUAAAAUCGCACAGGAGACUCCACUCCAAAAAGGCACCCUUCUCGUGCGAUUAUUGUUUGAAAGGGUUUUCGACGGCCACGCAUUUGAAGAUACACAGCAGGGUUCAUACUGGCGAACGGCCGUACUCGUGCGAGUAUUGCGAAAAGGCAUUUGCUCAGUCUUCGCAGUUAAAAAAACACGAGAAAAUUCACACCAGGGAAGAGCAAUUUUCGUGCGAGUUUUGCCCCGAGGCGUUUUCCCGGGCUUCGUGUUUGAAUAAGCACAUGAGGGUACACACUGGCGAGAAACCCCUGUCGUGCAAACUUUGUCUGAAGAGGUUUAGAUACCCUUCCACCUUAGAGAGACACAUGAGGAUGCAUACCGGCGAACGACCGUUUUCUUGCGAGGACUGUCCGAUGUCAUUCGCCGACAAUUCACUCUUAAAAGCACAUAAAACGACUCACUCGGGGGAGAAGCCCUACUCGUGCGAGUACUGUCAAAAAACGUUUUCGAAAACCUCGAAUUUGAAUCUGCACAGACGGUCUCACACGGGCGAUAAACCCCAUUCCUGCGAAUGCUGCUCGAAGGAAUUCGCCCAGCUUGCCCAGUUAAGGCAACACAUGAAAAGUCACACGGGGGACAAGCCAUUUUCGUGCGAGGUUUGCUUCAAGGCAUUUUCUCUGGCAGCGACCUUGAAGACGCAUAUGAUAGUACACUCUGGCGAUAGGCCAUAUGUGUGUGACUCUUGUGAUAAGGCUUACGCUUAUGCUUCACUAUUGAAGAUACAUAAGAGGAGCCAUACCGGCGAAAAGCCGUAUGUUUGUACAUUUUGUGAAAAGGCGUUUGCUAAUGCUGCUCACUUGAAGGUGCAUUUGAGGAUGCAUACUGGCGAAAAGCCACAUUCGUGUGAGCAUUGCUCAAAGGCAUUUUCAGAAAAAGCGUGCUUGAGAAAACACAUGAAACACCAUGCUGGUGAAAAUAGUGUACAUCAGUGA